GAAUCAACAUGUUCCUUCCACUUGCAAUUUUGGUUCUGGUCCCAAUUACGCUAGUCCAAGGCGCUGCCUUACCCACUGGCCUACUUCCCCAAAAUAUAGAAGGGCGCAUCGUGGGCGGUUCGGCGACUACAAUAAACGCGCAUCCUUGGCAGGUAUCCUUACAGCGCUGGGGCUCCCAUUCGUGCGGUGGUGCCAUCUAUAGUAAUACUAUCAUAGUAACUGCUGCCCACUGUCUGCCUAAUACUGUUACGCCGUCCGUUCUGAGAGUGCGCGCCGGAUCCAGUUACCACUUCUAUUUGGGUACAUUAUCCGAUGUAGCCGCGUUCAAGAUUCAUCCGCAAUAUAGCACCAGUACCAAAAUGUACGACAUCGCAAUUUUGCGUUUGAAAACGCCUUUGAAUCUUAGUGGUAGCACCAUGAAGAGUAUAGCCUUAGCCGACGCUACACCUGCAAAUGGGGCUUCUGCCACUUGCUCUGGCUGGGGCACAACCUCAUACGGCGGACCAUAUGCGUCCAAACUUCUGUACAUUAAUACUCAUAUUGUGAGUCGUUCGGAAUGUGCCGGCUCUCGCUAUGGUUAUGCCUCUAAAAUAAAGGACACCAUGAUCUGUGCCGCGGAAACCAAUAAGGAUGCCUGCCAAGGAGAUUCCGGCGGACCGCUUGUAUCGAAUAACAAGCUGGUAGGCUUGGUAUCUUGGGGCACAGGAUGUGCCCAGACUAAGUAUCCGGGUGUCUAUACCGAUGUGGCUCAGCUGAAGUCUUGGGUCGUUGAUGAGGCUAAGAAGCUGUAGUCCACUUCUAGAAGUUGGGAAUCUGUGAUCACCUGUUCGUUUUAGGACAAUUUAACAUUUUUUUCAAACUUAAUAAUAAGUGGUUUGGUGGAACAUUAAAGGAAUAACUGAGAUUAAAACUUUACGCAUUCUAUAAAAUUUGUUAUUACUGAGCAUUGUCUAAACGACUUACCUCCGGCCUCCAACUAUAGACUGAUGGCACACUAUAAGCUAUCUACAGAUUAAUAUUAUAGCCAAAAGAAAUCCAGGCCCACAGAAAUUAGGGAGCUACGAUGUCGACCACAAAGGCAUUCCAAAUAGGGCUAGCAGUACCUUAGCCGAACAUUAGGCACAAUUCUAUGGAUCUGAGUGUCCUAAUAAACUACUUCAACUUGAAUGAACUUAAAACAACAUUCAACACCACAUCAAAA